CGCCGCCGGGUCGUCCGACCAUCCUGAACGCCGGCGGGCACGCGAUCGAGCGUCUCACCCGGAGGCGGGUACCGGGAGGGCGAGAUGGUCCAGCUGACCUGCAGCUCCUCCGGAGGCAACCCGCCGCCCAACAUCACCUGGUGGCAAGACAGCGAACUACUGGACAGCUCGUGGCACCAGACGCCGUCCGGCAGUAUCCAGAACCACGUGACCGUGGGUCCGCUGACUCGGGCCGACGUGGGUCAGGAGUACACCUGCUGGGCCACCAACCACGUGCAGGCGCCGCCCAAGUCCACCGCCGUCGCCAUCGAUAUGCUGCUGCGUCCACUGAGCGUGCGACUGCUGGGCUCGAACAACCCGCUGUCGGCGGGCGUGACGUACCAGCUGGUGUGCCAGAGCGCCGGGUCCAGGCCGGCUGCCGUCAUCUCCUGGUGGAAGGACGGCCGCGAGCUCACCGCUACUGACGAGAAUCGGAGUCACGACGGCAACGUGACGACGUCACGCGUCAGCUUCCGGCCGGAGGUGCAGGACGACGGUCAGGUGGUGCUCUGCCGCGCCCACAACCCGCUGCUCAGCGCUGCCAUCGAGGACUCCUGGCAGCUCAGCAUCCGCUACGCGCCGGUGGUGCAGCUGAAGACGUGGUCGUCGCAGCCAGGCCGCGCCGUCCAGGAGGGGCACGACGUCUACUUCAAGUGCAUCGUCAAGGCCAACCCACCCGCCCUUCGGCUUGUAUGGAGGUUGAACGGUGUGCCGCUGGUGAGCGACCCGCGCCGCGACCUGGUGCUGGCCAAUGACACGCUCGUGCUGCACCACGUGACCCGGAACGCCUCGGGCGACUACUCGUGCUCGGCCUUCAACGACGAGGGGACGGGCGAGAGCGCCGUGGCCCGACUGCGCGUGCGCUACGCACCCCGGUGCGCCCCGGACCAGACGACACAGUACGGUGUGUCUCGCGGCGAGACCAUCUACGUCCGGUGCCAGGUGACCGCCGAGCCGGCGCCCUUUCGCUUCUCGUGGGCGUUCAACUCGUCAGGUCACCUGAUCGACGUGCCUGAGUCACACUCGGAGAGCACGGGCCUGACGAGCCUGUGCCGCUACACUCCGCGCACGCUGCUCGACUACGGCCCGCUGCUGUGCUGGGCCGAGAACGAGCUGGCCCGCCAGAGCCAGCCCUGCGUGUUCCGGAUCGUGCCGGCAGAGCGUCCAGACGGCCUCAGCAACUGCAGCGUCAUCAACGGCACGUCCGACUCACUGCGCGUUCACUGCGCGCCGGGCCAUGACGGCGGCCUGCGGCAGACGUUUGUGCUGGAGCUGACUGACAUCCAGCGGCAGACGCUGGUGACCAAUAUCUCCUCCGAUGUGCCCAGGUUCGUGGCUCAGGGCCUGCUGCCGGGCCGACGGUACCUGCUGGCCAUUUACGCCCGCAACAGUAAGGGCCGUGGCGACCGCUACAUCACGACGGCCGUCACGCCCGAGGACGUGGCCCAAAGGGUUAUCGCCGAGGGCGCCGAGCAGCCGUCAGACGCGCCUGUGCUGCUGACACCGCUGGUGGGCGUGCUACUCGGGGUGGUCGGCGUGCUCCUGCUCCUGGCCGUGGUGGUGGUGGCUGGCAUACGUGUCCGGGCCAGACGCAGGGCCAAGAGAAGAGACCAGCCGCCGGCCGUCGCGCCAGACGACGGCGAUGGCAACAUGCAGUCGGCGCUGGACCUGAAACAGAAGGGCAGCGCCGAGACACUACCUCUGGAGUACCUGGACCCCGAGGAGAAGCACAUGAUUGAGCGGCUCAGUCAGCCACACUGCCGCUCGCUGCGGCCGCCGCCGGGGGCGCACCGUGCCGGCGACGCCACCGCCGGUGGCACCCUGGUCAGCCUCAGGAAGGGUCACCACUCCCGACCCCCUUCAGGACCGCUGCCGGCGGCGGACGUGCUGUACGCGUCCGUGCCGUGCCUGGCGAGGAGGUCCGCCGCGGACGUGCCGGCGGACGUGCGGACAGACGUGCGGACGGACGUGCGGACGGACCGAGUGCCGCCGCGUCCCGUUCGUCCGCACGAGAUCGAGCCCUUUCUGCCUCGAGGCGACCACCGGGAGAGCUCGGUAUAGAUAUGUCUGCCAACACGCUUGCCGUAGAGGACUCGUCUGACGUGGAGCCGUACAUGAGCCGUGCUGCCGACUCAGCCAGUCAGGAAACUGUGAUACACGUGGCCGCCUCGCGUCUCUCCACACAGUUUUAGCGCGAGCUCGAACACCGCCCUUCCCACGACC